UAUAUAUGUAUCAUCUCUCUAUAUAUAUAUAGAUAGAUAGAUAGAUUAGCUUGCCUGUGGGAAGAGCACUAUCUGAAAACACGGUUGAGUGUUUUGAUUACAAUUUGUAACAUAUUAUUAUCAUAAAAUUGAUGCGGAAAAAGACUAUUAAAAUGAAUUAAUUAUUUUUUUUAAUUAAAAAGCGAUUCCGACCCGAGGUGUCUGGUAAGGGAGGUAACUCUAACAAUGAAUUUUUUCUAGAGAUUUUGGGCAGUCUUGGGCCUAUUUGUUUUUGUUUCUAAAGCUCAUUGAACUGCUGCUUCGCUGACAAUUUGACACCACAUAACUGCUGACCAACAUCAAAUGCUACAAGAAAGCUAUGAAAACAUCGAAAACUUUUCAUUUGACACCAUAUCCAACAUCAAACAAAAGAUGUUGAAAACCCUUGCAUGUAGUAAGGAUUAAAUAUAGAUAUAUUUAAUGAAGCUGACCAAGCUUAGUCAUGAGGAUGUUGGAGUUCCUGAGACGUUUUGCACCAAGGGUGCCUUGGAGCAUAGUCUUCAGUCUCUUCAUAGCCUUCAUCAUCAGCUUCUACAUGAUGUUCACGAUCAUGAAUGAUCGCUUUAUGCACCAUCAAAACUGGUAUGAUUUCCCAGCUCCCUGUUCACGCCCAAAAGAUAUGCUUGAUGCAAUGGCGAAGCUGGCAUUCACUGCCUCAGAUGUGCUGACACAGUUGAAUGUGUCGCAUGCCCUGUGCUAUGGAACACUGUGGGGUGCACUGAGGAAUGGAGAGAUCUUGCCCUGGGACAACAAUGUUGAUGUAUGUGUGAUGAGAGAACAGAUUCAGAGACCUGGAUGGCAUAACUUACAUAAAGCCUUCCAGUCUCGCAACUUGCCGAUUGUUUAUGACUAUCGUCAUGGAGAGUACUCAAUUGUGGAUGGCUCAGCCGAGGUGGUCAUCAACGUGUUCUACUCCACCGUGUGGGAAGAGGUGUUACAUGACGGUUGGGAGCACCGCUUCCUCUGGUUCUUUCAGGACCAGCCAGUUUCUUUCCCAAGGAGACUCCUAGCCCUUCCCUUGCCAAAGAUAAAGUUUCACGGCAAAGAUAUGCCCAUCCCCCAUGAUGAUCUAGAGAUGUUGAAAUAUCUGUACAGGGAUAAUUGGUGGCUAGUAAAAACACCUCCUGGUUGUCCGCCUAGUCAGUAGUUUUUGUGCUUUGGGAAUGGAUGAAGAUAAAAGGUGAAAAAAAUAGAGCAAGCAGAUGAGAACAGAAUUUUGUUCUGAAAAUUUUUUACCCAUUAUGUCAAAAUGAAGUAAUACGGUUCCGUACCGUAUACAGAAAUAGUGAUCCAUGCUAGAGGAGAGAUUGAAUGCUCCUCCUUUUAUCAUAUUUUUUAUUUGAGGCCUCAUCCAGAACAUCUACUUUUGAUGAGAUCAAACUAGAUGGAAAGUCAGAAAACAUGAAAUACUGCUCGAGAAAUGGAUGUCCAAAGUAAGCGCAGCUUUACUGAGGCCUGAAACAUAUUUCUGUAGAAUAAAACAUAUGAUUGAUUUUUUCUCUUGCUGGCAGCACAUCCAUUGCAUU